AUGGCCUCUCUUGGUCUCCAACUUGUGGGCUACAUCCUGGGCCUUCUAGGACUGUUGGGCACCCUGGUUGCCAUGCUGCUCCCCAGCUGGCGAACAAGUUCUUACGUCGGUGCGAGCAUUGUCACAGCAGUCGGCUUCUCCAAGGGUCUCUGGAUGGAAUGUGCUACCCACAGCACGGGCAUCACCCAAUGUGAUAUCUACAGCACUCUCCUAGGCCUGCCUUCUGACAUCCAGGCUGCCCAGGCCAUGAUGGUAAGCUCCAGUGCCAUCUCCUCGCUGGCCUGCAUUAUCUCUGUGGUGGGCAUGAGGUGCACAGUGUUCUGCCAGGACUCCCGCGCUAAAGACAGAGUAGCGGUGGUAGGUGGAGUCUUCUUCAUCCUUGGAGGCCUCCUGGGAUUCAUCCCUGUUGCCUGGAAUCUUCACGGGAUCCUGCGGGACUUCUACUCCCCACUGGUGCCUGACAGCAUGAAAUUUGAGAUUGGAGAGGCACUCUACUUGGGUAUUAUUUCUUCCCUGUUCUCCUUGAUUGCUGGAGUCAUCCUCUGCUUUUCCUGCUCAUCCCAAGGAAACCGUUCCAACUAUUUCGAGGGCUACCAGGCCCAGCCCCUUGCCACCAGAGGCUCUCCAAGACCUGGCCAACCUCCAAAAGGCAAGAAUGAAUUCAACUCCUACAGCCUGACAGGGUAUGUGUGA